AUGACAGACAGAGGUUAUGGCACAUCCAAAGCAAACCUCCGACCCAACGCACCCCCUGUGCUCCCACCUGAGCCGAUAGACAUCAUUCGGAUCAAGGCCCGCUCCCGACGGGUCAGGCUCAAUGUUGGAGGCCUCACACAUGAAGUCCUAUGGCGAACGCUAGACCGGUUGCCCAGAACCCGUCUGGGACGACUGAGAGACUGUAACACCCAUGAGUCAUUGCUGGAGAUUUGUGAUGACUACAGCCUCAAUGAGAACGAGUACUUUUUCGACCGGCACCCUGUGGCCUUCUCCUCCAUCUUGAACUUCUACCGAACAGGGAAGCUGCACAUGAUGGAGGAGAUGUGUGCCCUUUCCUUUGGCCAAGAGCUGGACUACUGGGGUAUUGAUGAAAUCUACCUCGAGUCCUGCUGCCAGGCACGGUACCACCAGAAAAAGGAGCAGAUGAAUGAGGAGCUGAGGAGGGAGGCAGAUGCGCUAAGGGAGAAUGAUGGGGAAGAGGAGGAGCAUGGCUGUUGGCCCGACAAAAGACAGAAGCUCUGGGAUCUGCUGGAGAAACCAAGCUCAUCUGUGGCUGCAAAGGUACUGGCCAUGAUCUCCAUCCUAUUUAUCAUCAUUUCCACCAUCUCAUUGUCUCUCAACACAUUGCCUGAACUGCAAGUGGUAGAUGAAUUUGGCCAGUUCAAUGACAACCCCAGUCUGGCCCACGUGGAGGCUGUGUGCAUUGCCUGGUUUACCAUGGAGUAUAUGCUGCGCCUGCUCUCAGCACCCGACAAGUGGGAUUUCAUCAAAGCACCACUAAACAUCAUUGAUUUGCUGGCUAUAAUGCCUUACUAUGUGACCCUCUGCCUAACUGAGUCUAACAAGAAUGUGAUGCAAUUCCAGAAUGUGCGCCGUGUGGUCCAGAUCUUCCGAAUUAUGAGGAUCCUGAGGAUACUGAAGCUAGCCAGGCACUCAACAGGGCUUCAGUCUUUAGGCUUCACUCUGCGAAGGAGCUACAAUGAGUUAGGUCUGCUCAUCUUAUUCUUAGCCAUGGGCAUUAUGAUAUUCUCUAGCUUGGUGUUCUUUGCAGAGAAGGAUGAGGAUUCCACCAAAUUCACCAGUAUCCCCGCCUCCUUCUGGUGGGCUACAAUUACUAUGACCACUGUUGGUUAUGGAGAUAUCUACCCUAAAACCCUGCUGGGUAAGAUUGUGGGAGGGCUUUGCUGUAUAGCAGGUGUGUUAGUCAUUGCCCUUCCUAUCCCAAUCAUUGUCAACAACUUCUCUGAGUUCUACAGAGAGCAAAAGAGGCAGGAGAAAGCAAUCAAGAGGAGGGAAGCCCUUGAAAGAGCCAAACGCAGUGGAAGCAUUAUCUCUAUCAACCUAAAGGAUGCUUUUGCACGCAGUAUGGAACUCACAGAUGUGUUAGUGGAAAAGAGAGAGGACGGCAAGUGUCCUGUGGAUAAUCACCUCUCACCAAGCCGCUGGAGCUACCACAAACACUACACUAAUGCAGAGGGGGCUAGUCCAGCUAGGUCCCAACAUUCUCAUUAUCAGGAAGUAGCUCAGCAGGGCUCUCCUGAACGAGCCAAGCUCUCAUCUAACAAAACUACCCCUCAACACCUCAGUGCAAAGAGGCUAGAAGAGACUUACAACAAGACAGCAAACACCCAGGAACAACGGGACAAAAUUAUAGAGGAGCAAGUAGAGAUGAAAACAAUGACCUCCACACAAGUCCAGCAAAAUUCACCUGAUGUCAGCCUUAUCAGGAAAUUAUCCAAUGUAACCGAUGAUAUUUUAGUCGAAAGGGGGGGCAAAAGAUCUCUUGUGUUGAGUGCUGAAGGAAGUCAAACUGGUGCUAGAUACCAACGCAUCCCCCCACCUUUGGAUCUAAGUCAGAUAAGCACCAUGGAGGUAAACAGGGGCCCUGACAGCAGCCAAUCAGGUACUAUCAUCAAAGAGGGUUUGUAUGAGUUUGUGUCUUGCCCCAAAAGAAGUGGGGCUGGGGAUAUGAGUUUGGUGUCACAGAGUGGGGAAAGCUUUGGAGCUACCUAUGACAGUACCUGCAGCUCCUUGCAAGGCUAUAGCAACCUCCAAAAGUCAGGAGCCCUAAAGGUUGACCUCAUUGAAUCCCAAGAUGACGUGCUUAUGGCUGUGAUGACACCUAAUGCAGCCCCAGCCUCUACUGGCUUUACCAAGCUUGCUCAACUACUUUCUGAUGACAUUAUCUCAAGGUUUUCUCCACCUCCAAGUUCUGCAACAGAAGUUAAGUCUCCGCUGGCGAUCCUGCAAUCCCCAUCUCUGCCCCAGCAAUCUGUCAGUCCAAGCUACUCCCAUGGGGGAGGUGAAGGCUCAGCAGCCAGGAGCUUAGAAGGUGAAGGGCAGCUCACAGGCUUAAGCCAACAGAGAAGGAAUCACAUGGAGAGGUCUGUCACUACCUCAAGUAGCAGUGCUAUCCCACUUUCGUCAAAAGCCUGCCCCCUCAACUGCACCCAGCAGCUAGUAACUGUGGAAGGAGGGGAGGAAGGAGCCGAGGAGGAAGCAGAACAGUGUGGAGAGAAACAAGAAAAUCACAUUGCUCUGGAUGGAUGCAUGACACCACCCUGUGAAACGAGCAUGUAA